AUGGUCCGACUUAGGGAGAUCCCGCGGACGGCGGCUUUUGCUUGGUCGCCCGAUACUUCCGCCCCAAUCGUAGUCACAGGCACUCGCGCAGGAGCUGUGGAUGCCGACUUUUCAGAUGAGACAAAGUUGGAGCUUUGGGACCUUAAGCUUGAUGAUGAGGGCCAAGGACUAGAGCUCCAGCCCAUUGCGAGCAUCAGUGCGGAUUCAAGGUUUUUUGAUAUUGCGUGGGGUCCGCCGAACGAGGACCACCCAAGGGGCAUCAUCGCCGGAGCGUUAGAGAAUGGCUCCCUCGACCUGUGGGACGCCGAGAAGCUCCUGUCGGGCGCAUCGGAUGCUCACAUGUCACGAACUACAAAACACACGGGCGCCAUCAAGUCCUUACAGUUCAACCCCCUGAAACCUCAGAUUCUCGCGACGGCUGGAACCAAGGGCGAGCUCUUCAUAUACGACGUCAAUGACAUUUCAAACCCAUUCCGUCUGGGCACUGCCGCCGCCCGCUCUGACGAUCUUGAGUGUGUAGCAUGGAACAGGAAGGUUCCGCACAUCCUGGCGACUGGUGGUUCGGGUGGCUUUGUUACUGUUUGGGAUUUGAAGACCAGGAAGGCUUCUCUGACGCUCAACAACAGCCGCAAGGCCGUUAGUGCUAUUGCAUGGGAUCCUAACAACUCGACUAAACUACUCACUGCCACUCCCGAUGACACUAUGCCCGUUAUCUUUCUGUGGGAUCUGCGGAACUCGAAUGCGCCCGAGAGGACUCUGCAGGGCCAUGAGCAGGGAGUGCUCUCCGUUUCUUGGUGUCAGCAGGACAGCGAUCUCCUGAUUUCCUGCGGCAAGGACAACAGGACUAUUGUCUGGAACCCUCAGACCGGCGAGCGCUACGGAGAGUUCCCCGAGGUCACCAACUGGACCUUCCUGGCGCGCUUCAACCCUACCAACCCCAACCUCUCCGCCACCGCCUCUUUUGACGGGAAGAUUACGAUACAAACACUGCAGAACACCAACCCCUCCGCGACCCAGGCGGCUGCACAGAACAGCCUUGACGGGGAGGACUUCUUCACCAAGGCCCAGACGCAGCCUCAGGGUGCGUCUUUCACCCUGACCAAGGCCCCUCUGUGGUACCAGCGACCUGUUGGUGCCUCUUUUGGCUUUGGCGGCAAGGUCGUGGUGUUCAAGAAGAAGCAGACAGCACCUGGCCAGCCCAGAGCCUCGGAGAUUUCCAUUUCCCACUUUUCGGUAGACUCUGAGAUUGGUUCCGCGACCGAGAAGUUUGAGGAGGCGAUCAAGGCUGGCGACUUGAAGAGCAUCUGCCAGUCGCACCUGGAGAAUGCCAAGUCUGAGGACGAGACCACUGCAUGGAAGGUCAUGGAGACUCUUGUUGCGGAGAACCCUCGCAAACAGGUUGUCGAGUACCUCGGACUCUCGGCAGAGGAGGCUCCUGCUUCCCCGGAGAGUACAACAGAGGAGGGAGCUGAGAAGGAGGAUGCCGGGGCGGAGCCCGAGAAGGAAUCGUUCAAGAAGCACAAGAAGAACAGGUUAUCUACUUUCUUCGCCGAAGGUGGAGAUGGAGACGAUUUCCUUGCCGGGUUGGCUGCGACCAAGGGCGCCAAGACAGACAGCCCCUUCCACUUGCUCCGGGAGGGCAACACUAGCCUGGAAGACUCAGUCACGCGGGCCAUUAUGCUUGGCAACUUUGCCAAGGCUGUCGAAAUCUGUAUCAAGGCUGACCGCAUAGCCGACGCGUUCCUCAUCGCCAACUGUGGUGGCAAGGAGCUGGUCGACCAGGUCCAGACGGCGUACAUCAGCGCCAAGAAGGGUAGCCCAAGCUACCUGAGGCUGCUUGGAUCUGUCAUCAACGAAAACCUCUGGGAUGUUGUUUAUAACGCCGACCUUGCCGAUUGGAAGGAGACCAUGGCAACCCUUUGCACUUUUGCCAAGCCUGAAGAGUUCCCCGACCUUUGCGAGGCGCUGGGAGACCGUCUCUUCGAGACUGGCAGCCGACAAGAUGCUUCCUUUUGCUUCCUGGUCGGGUCCAAGCUUGAAAAGGUUGUUGGCAUCUGGAUUGAGGCGCUCGAGGAGGCCGAGAAGGCUGAGAUCCAGGAGGCAGAGGCGGACAACACCUUCUCAGUCCACGCUAGAUCUCUGCAGCAGCUCAUCGAAAAGGUCACUGUGUUCCGACACGUCACCAAGUUCCAGGAUGCCGAGGCAAGCAAGACCUCUGACUGGAAGUUGGCCUCUCUGUACGACAAGUACAUUGAGUACGCCGACAUUGUCGCAGCACACGGCCAGCUUUCCAUAGCGCAGAAGUACCUGGAGCUGGUGCCUGCCUCGUACUCUGGUGCAGAGGUUGCCCGUAAGCGCCUGCAGCUUGCGACCAAGAAGCCUGGUACUCAGCCCGCGGCUGCAAAGGUCCAGCAGACGCCCGCUGCAGCCCGUCUGCCGACGAGGCAACAGCCUGUUGGCUACCAGCCUCCCCAGCAGCAGCAGCCGCCCAUGUCGACCCCUUACGGCAUGCCGCCGGCGCCUCAGACACAGACUCCGGCAGCCAACCCUUAUGCUCCUCCCUCGGCGUCUCCAUACGCACCUACUGGCGCCACCCCUUACCAGCCACAGCAAACCUCUUCGUACGCUCCUCCUCAGCCAGCGGGCGGUGCGGGAGCAUAUGGACCCACACCGGUAGUUGGUUACGGUCAGCCUCAGCAGAACUUCGGUGCACCGCCUCCUCGCAAUACCACCCCGUCGGCGCUGCCACCAUCCAGGACCGUCGACGCUGGCAGCUGGAACGAUGUUCCGAUGGUCACAAAGGCUCCUCCUCCGCGCCGAUCCACACCCAGUGUCGCCCCCGUCACUUCCCCAUUCUCGACUCAACAAGUUGGCAUGGCAGCCCCUCCCCAAAGCCCGUACAUGGGACAGAGGGGCACUGCGACGCCUCCGCCGCCCCCGCCCAAGGCUGGUCAAGGCCCUCCUCGCAUGGCAUCGCCACUUACUAGCCCCCCUCAGGCUGGAUUCGGUGGUGCCGCACCUCCAAGGCCUACCUCGGCUGCUUCAUCAACGUAUGCACCUCCCCCUCCUGCCCCAGGGCAGUCACUUGGAAUGAACGCGCCGCCCGCCCGUACUGCGUCGCCCUACAGCGUGGCUCCCUCGGCACCGCCACCAUCAAACAGGUAUGCGCCUUCUCCGGCCAUGCAGCAACAGCAGGCCGGGCCGGGUCCGGCCGGCUCGAUGCCUCCUCCGCCCGCCAUGAGCCGCCCGCCUCCUGCGAAUCCCUACGCUGCCGCUCCCCAGCAGUCGCCUGCUCCAGGUGGACAAUACGCCCCUUCGCCGUACGGUGCCCCGCCCCAGGCUGGUCAACCGCCCAUGGCCCCGCCCCCGAGCUCUCAGGUCGGACCACCUCCUGGAGGUCGAGGCCCGAUGAGCACCCCGACACCGCCCCCGCCUCGCGCGGCGGCAGCUCCCCCGGCAAAGACCAAGUAUCCUCCAGGGGACAGGUCACACAUCCCGGCAUCGGCUCAGCAGCUCGUUGAGAUACUGAGCAGGGACAUGGAGCGUGUGGCGGCCAAGGCGCCGGCAUCAUUCGCCCCGCACGUCAAGGACACGCAGAAGCGGUUGAACUACCUGUUUGACCACCUCAACAAUGAGGAGCUGGUCAAGCCGGACACUAUUGCUCAGCUCAACACGCUGGCGCAGGCGAUUGAGGCCAAGGACUACACCGCGGCACAGCAGCUGCAGGUCAAGAUCCAGACGGAGAAGACUGAGGAGUGCGGACAAUGGAUUGUCGGCGUCAAGAGGCUUAUCAGCAUGAGCAAGGCUACUCCCUAG